AUGGCCACCAAGACAUCCAAAAAGCGCAUCAUUAUUUGCUGCGAUGGGACAUGGAUGGACAGCGAUGGUGAUUACCAGACACCAAGCAAUGUCACGCGAAUCGCUCGUGCAAUCCCGCCAGUAGGAUUUGACAAGACCACCGAUCCUCCACAGGCUAUUCACCAGAUCGUCUUCUAUCAGAACGGCGUGGGAACGGGAGACAAUUCGCUCUACAAUAGAUAUAUCGGCGGUGCGACUGGGGAGGGCCUCGCCGAACACAUCCGCGAAGCGUAUAGUUUCGUUGCUCUCAACUACAGCGAGGGCGAUGAGAUCUUCAUCAUUGGCUUCUCACGAGGAGCCUUCACCGCACGGUCGAUAUCUAGCUUGAUCAAUGCCGUUGGGCUGCUGACGUCGAAAGGCUUGGAGUACUUUGUCCAAGUGUUCGAGGAUUGGGAGUUUCAGCAGAGACAGGACUUUGUCUCCAAGUGGCCCAACAUUCCCUUUCCUGGACACAAGCCACCAGUCACCGAUGCACAGUAUCAGCAGCAUCUGAUCGAGAACAAUCUCACCCGACCAGGCAUCAAGAUCAAAUGCGUCGCUGUCUGGGACACGGUCGGAGGUCUGGGCAUCCCAAUGAUCGGACUCCUUCCGCAACCACCGAGCAAGGACUUUGCGUUUGUAGACACGCGCGUCGAGUCCAAUAUCGAGUACGCGUUCCAGGCGCUCGCGCUGGAUGAACACCGCCGAGCAUACUCUCCCACCAUCUGGGAGUGGCCCAGCGUUGAGCCCAACGAGCUCAAAGUCUUGAAACAGACCUGGUUCCCGGGGGUGCACAGCGACAUUGGGGGGAGCUACGACGACACGGCGCUCGCCAACCUCACGCUUGCGUGGAUGGUGUCGCAGCUCGACCCGAUUCUCACGGUCGACCACUCUUACAUCUUUACCCUGAUCGAACGACAGAGCCGCCACGCUGGCCCUCGGGGCCAUCUGACCUUUACGCACGAAGGGAUGCCGAAGCGCGUCGAGAACACGGCACCCCACAGCCGGCCGUGGGGGCUGGGCAAGAUCCACAACAGCAUGACGCCGUUCUUCCGGCUCGGGGGCUCCCGCAUCCGCACCCCGGGCGAGUAUCGCGAGGCGGAACUCGCUUCCCAACGCGGCACGCUUGUGUGGAUGUUCCGCACGAUCGCCAGCAAGGUGUUUGGGGGGCUCGACAAACCCACACCGAGAUUGAAACGGACAAACGAGACGGUCCACGCCAGCGUUCGCAUCCGCCGGGGCAAGCACGGCUACGGGUACAACGACAAAGGCACGUACGACCCCCCGGCCCUGAAAGGGUGGGUGUUGCACGGGACCGAAACGAACCCGGACACGCCUAUCGCCAUCAACACCCCGGGCCAGGUCGGCAAGAUGACGGGCGUGGUGUACAAGAAGGUGGUAUCUCCCGAGGUCACCGAGAGAAAGGGGAAGGGGAAGGGGAAGGGGAAAGCGAGAGUCAGGGUCCUCGACGAGCACGACAAGGACCACACCCUGGAGCUGCGUGAAGAGCCGUUGGGUGUGUUUGAGAGGCAGAUUCUCCAGCUGUGGCCUGAGAUCCAGAGGGACUUUGACAGUAUUGGAUCGGAGGGGGCUCGGCUCGAUCGAGUACAGACUUAUCCCAUCAAUCAACGUGCCGGAGCGCCUGGUACUAACGGUGGUUUGGACGGAUUGAGCGUCAAGACGAAGCAGCCCGGGAAGAGAAGCGAAACGUCAUGA